UUGAAGUCUCUUCUCUAUUGUUGUCUCUUCGGAGACAUCCGAUAAAAUUGGAACGAUACAGAGAAGAUUAGCAUGGCCCCUGCGCAAGGAUGACACGCACAAAUCGAGAAAUGGUCCAAAUUUUUUUUCGCAAAUUUUGGUGAAAAUUGCCUCUUCGAUGAAUCUGAAACUUUUUGCUGGUUAGUAAUGGAUAUGCUGAUUUGUUCUUCCUCUUCACCUUCAGCCAAAAUCCCGCUGCUGUCUCACCAUCCAACGAGCAAACUCCCACCUGCUUCUACCCAACCCGGCCACUGUAAUCUGAGAUCCAUCACUACCCGGAGCAACAUCCUCCUGUCAUCUUACUCCAAAACGAAGACCUUGGAUCAGACCCUCAAGCUUUUUCGUCUCCUCCCCGACCGUGACACAGUGACAUGGAACACAGUCAUAGCUGCGUGUUCUCGGCAAGGCUGUUACAUGGCUGCUCUCCAGCUGUUUGUGGAUAUGAUUCGUUCAUCCCAACCACCAGACAAUCUCACAUUCAGAUUCGUUCUCAAGGCCUGUGCCGAAGCAGAAAACUACCCGCUUGCAUUGCAAAUACAUGCUUUUUUGUUGAAGCUACAGGGCCUGCAAUUGGACCCGAUUGUUGAUACUUGUUUGGUAAAGCUAUUUUGUGAAUUGGGACCAAUUGAGAUCGCACGUGAAGUCUUUGACAGAAUGCCGCAGCCAGAUGUUGUUGCUUACACUGCCAUGAUGGUGGGUUAUACUGAUGCAGGCGAUUAUGAGGAAGCAUUGAAUUUGUUCAGAAACAUGAUAGAGGUAGAGAGAUUGGUGCCUAAUGAAUUUACAUUAACUUCCAUUUUAAGUGCUUGUGCUGGGAAUUCGUCUUUGCUUGAAGGAAAACAAAUGCAUGCUUAUAUUCUAAAAACAUCCCUUCAGUCCAAUGUGUUCGUGGGGACUGCGUUGGUUAAUCUAUACGCCAAAUGCAAUAGAAUGGAGUGUGCAAAAAUGGCUUUAUUUGGAAUUUCUACGCCAAUGGUAGCUUCAUGGAAUGCGCUGAUGGCUGGGAAUUUUGACGGUGAAGAGGUCCUACAUUUCCUGUCAAUGAUGCGGGAAUCUGGUUUAAAUCCCGAUCAUGUGACCUUUGCUUCUGUUCUUCGAGCUUGUAAAGGUGUUGGCUUGUCUUCAGUUCGCCAAGUACAUGGGCUAGCCGUGAAGAUGAUUGGAACCAUAGUCGAUGUUUUCGUAGGUGGUGUUCUUUUCGAGAUAUAUGUGAGUCAGGGUUAUGUAACAGAUGCUGGCAAGGCCUUUGAGUGCAUUCAUAGCAAAGAUAUUUUGGCUUUUAAUUUAGCAAUUCAAGGGUAUAUGCUUAAUGGUCAUAAAGCAGAAGCAAUUGAUUUAUUUUAUGAAGCAUUCCAGAUGGGAAUGGAACCAAAUGAAGCGACAUUAGUUUCACUCAUGAGCAAAGUAGAAGGUUUGAAUCUAGGAAAACAACUUCAUGGCCUUGUUGUUAAGCUUGGGUUUUCUGCUGCUUGGUGUGCUUCCAUUGCUAGUUCACUCAUUGUGAUGUAUACAAAUUUCCGUCAUUUAGAUGAUGCAGUCCGAGUAUUCAACAAAGUCCAUUCCCCUGAUCUGGUUUUGUGGACAACUAUCAUCUCUGGCUUUUCUCGAAGUGGGGAAAGUGAAGAUGCUCUGAAACUUUACACCCUUAUGUUGGAGGAAGAAUUAGCAGAAAUCCCAAACAACUAUACAUAUUCCAGUGUCUUGUGUUCAUGUGCAAAUCUUGCUGCUGUUGAAGAAGGGAAACAGAUUCAUGCUCAGAUUAUCAAGUCAAAUUACAAAAUUGGAGCUGACCCAUUCAUAGCUAGUAGCUUGGUGGACAUGUAUGCCAAAUGUGGAUACAUUACUGAAGCAAGAAUGAUAUUUGAUAAGAUGCAGGUGCGAGACCUAGCUUCAUGGAAUGCCAUGAUUACAGGACUAGCACAGCAUGGAUAUGCUGAAGAAGCAAUAGGAACUUUUGAAAAAUUAAAAUACCUGUCAGAUAUACAACCCAACCAUAUAACAUUUAUAGGAGUUCUCUCUGCUUGUAGCCACAGUGGUCUAUUGCAGAAGGGGUAUCACUAUUUCAAGUUAAUCAAGGAACCUACAAUUGAUCACUAUGCCUGUAUGGUCAAUCUUCUUGCAAGAGCAGGACAUUUAAAAGAAGCCAUGGAUCUUGUAAAGAAAAUGCCUUUUCACCCAAACGAAUUUAUAUGGUCAUCACUGCUAGCAGCUAGUGCUACUCAUGGAAACAUUGAGUUGGGUGAACAUGCAGCUGAACGUCUGCUGCAAUUGAAUCCAAAAGAUCCCGGGACAUAUGUUGCUCUCUCAAAUAUGUAUGCUGCAGCUAGAAGAUGGGAGAAUGUAGAUAAGGUUAGGAAAUUGAUGGAGGAUCAAGGAAUAAAGAAAAGACCAGGUCUCAGUUCGUUAGGAGUAAAUAGAAUGACCCAUAUUUUCUUUGCAGCAUAAGACGGAAAUGCUGGGCACAGCCAAUAAGGGAAGAAUGCACAGUGCUCAAUUUCCCAAAUUGACUUGUAAAUGGAUGUAAAGAUGAACCGAGUGUUUGGUACCAUUACCGUUUCUAUUUAAAACACUGCCAUGUCAGCACCACUUAGGUGUUUUGAGUUUCAAUGGCAAUUUCUGCCAUGUCAGCAAAACGUUUUCUCUACAAAUGCUCACCAGGGGGUGUUGUCCCCAACAGCCAUUGCUACUCACAACGACUUAGCUGAUGUGGUGCUGAUUUGACAUCUGAUGAGGCAUGAUGAAGAACUGAUAUGGUGCAUCACAUCAUAGUUCACCUCCUUUUACCUUCUUUCUCUCAAAGCUAACAAAUUUUCCACAAAGCUGAAGAACAACAGAAUCCAGGUAACCUGUACGAAGGGUUUUGGUUUUCAGUCACCUUCCUAAGGCACAAUGUUGAAUAUAGCUGCCAUGUAGAGGAAGAGAGGCUUCUGAAGAGAGCAAAAAAGCAGAAAACAUGUAUGAUUAUGUUUGUAACUCUAGUCUUGACUUGACAAAUGAAAAGAGAAAGAAAUGCAGACACUUGUGCUGCUACCAACUC